AUGGAAAAGGCAUAUGAUAGAGUAUCUUGGAGAUACUUAUCUAAGGUGCUGCAGAAAAUGCUAUUUGGUACUCAAUUAAAUGAGAUGAUAUGGAGAUUGAUUGUCAACAACUGGUAUUCCAUAUUGUUCAAUGGACAAUCCACAGGUUUUUUCCACUCAACUAAAGGAGUCAAGCCGGGUGAUCCUUUGUCACCAGCUUUGUUCAUACUAUCAGCUGAGGUCCUAAACAGAGCACUAAAUGCUUUAUUUGACUGUUCAAGCUAUGUUGGAUAUGCUAUAGUACCCACCAAAUACACCAAAACUGAGCUACACAAGAUAUUUGCAAGUUCUUUUUGGAGUAACAAAGAGGAGGGUAGGAGUAGAAAUUGGGUUGCAUGGGAAAAAGUCUGCCUUCCAAAGGAUGAAGGAGGUUUGGGUUUAGAUCUUUAUAUGAUGUGUCAAAAGCUCUUUUCGCCAAACUCUAGUGGAGAUUUAGUACAACAAAUGCAAUAUGGUCAACCUUCAUACUGA